CGCACCGAGUCCGAAGUCGUCUGCCAUAGUAGUUGUCUUGAUUCCCAGCAUCUGACAGUGGCCUGCAUCACCGAGUCCGAAGUCGUCUGCCAUAGUAGUUGUCUUGAUUCCCAGCAUCUGACAGUGGACUUGAUACAUCUCUCAGAUGCUUUCGCCGGCCUCGUAGUCGGCAUCAUCAGUGAGCCUUGCCAUUCUCCGCACCAAGAUACGAACUCGUCAGAGCAGGAAAGUGAAGCCAAUCCCUCGACAAACGUUCUGCUGAAAAACGGUUACACUAUCACUUCUCUUUCUGUCCUGGCCUAUCUAUCUUCUCCUUACCCUAUGAAGUCAAUCUCUCGACAACCGUUCUGCCGAAAACGGUUACACUAUCACUCCUCUUUCUGUCACUGUCUAUCUGUGAGAAUUCAAUCCCUCGACUACCGUUCUGCUGGAAACGGUUACACUAUCACUCCUCCUGUCCUGGCCUAUCUAUCUACUCUUUACCCUAUUAUCCCACUGCCGCCCUAUCACAACUUCUCACUUGUUUAA